CCUGAAUCCAACAUGAAAAAUGGCGACAACUUUCAGCACCGGAACACAGAGCCCAACAUCACAUAAAACCCUAGAGAAGAUUUUCGAAGAAGCUCAGUCAACGGGGGCAGUGUGUUUAUGUGGCAGAAAAUUAAGAGAAUACCCAAAGAUCUCGUCUAGAUAUGAUUUAAUUGAUACAAUCUCUGCUGAUUUGUCAAAGAAUAGGUUUGCAGAGGUGCCGAAAGAAGUCUGUGAUCAUGCCAUGUUAGAGGAAUUAAAUUGUUACCAUAAUGUUAUCAAAGCUAUACCAGAAGCCAUAGGUCGAUUACAAAAUUUAACAUUCAUUAAUUUAAGUCGAAACCAGUUAGUUGUUAUACCUCCAUUUAUUUGCGAGCUUGUGUCUUUAGAAGUGUUGAUAGCUAGUCAUAAUAAAUUGAUAUCAUUACCUGAAGAAAUGGGUGUUUUAGACAAAUUAAUGGAAAUAGAUGUUAGUUGCAAUGAAAUAUCUCAACUCCCCCCACAGAUUGGUGAUCUCAAAUCAUUGAAGUCAUUAAAUGUUCGGCGAAAUAUGUUAAUAGAAUUACCCAUAGAACUCAGCAAAUUAAGUUUACGAAAAAUAGAUUUUUCAAAUAAUAGAAUAUCAACAAUACCAACAGCAUUUAGGAAAAUUGAAACAUUGGAGGAAAUUCUGUUGGAUAGUAAUCCAUUAACAAUGCCACCUGCACAUUUAUGUACAAAAGGAAAGAAACACAUCAUGAAAUACUUACAAAUAGAAGCAAUAAAAGAGGACCGUAGAAGAGGUGUUUUGAAUGAAGCAGAAAUGAAACGUCUUGUUAGAAAGUCUCUUCCAGUAACACAAACAUCAGAUGAAUUCCGAAAUAUCUUGGAAUCUCCGGAGAAAUGGAAACGUCACACAGUUCUAAGUAGUGAUUCAGGCUACAGUACAACAGAUAGUAUAGAGAAAUGUGGAUGGUCAGCAUCCGAUGCUAACAGUGACAUGGAACGAGCCAAUUUGCUUGCCUUACGCUCAGCUGAAAUGCUUAAGGAUCACAGAGUUCCAAUUAAUGGUCACAUGCAGUCGCCUCCACAUGUGUAUGCCAGAAAAUCAGAAAAUAGCCCAUCGUCAAACCCAGAGCAAGUGAAAACAAGUGUUCCUCAAAAUACCUAUGGGCAAUACGGCAAUAAUUAUAAAGACAGUUCUGGUCAUUAUAACAAUACAGAUUAUCAAAGCAAUAAUGUGAAUGGACCAAUGAUGUAUCGAUCCAAUUUUUCUAAUUCAUCAAAUGAAAAUCAAAAUUAUAGUCAGAAUACCUAUAGUAACUCUCCAGUUUAUUCACAGUCUAGUGCUAUUUAUUCACAGAAUAAUGAAGUUACAAGUCCAAAUUCCAGUAGGCAGCAACCUCAAUACUCUUCUCAAUCCUCGAAUAACCUACAGCAGUAUGGACAGUAUACGACUAAUAAUGGCCAGCGCUCAGAAUCAAAAUAUACACCAAUGUCUCCUACACAUAGUAGAUAUACCACAUCACCAAACACCUUUCAGUACACAUCACAAUUAAAUUCUGGACAGAAUGUUAACUAUAGGGUUAAACCUCCUCCUGUUGUCACUAAUCAAGAGUUCAAUCCAGAGGCCAGUCCUACUUCUCCAAGGACACCAAAAACUCCAACACCAGGAUAUUAUCAAUCUGGACAAGUGUAUUCUCCAACAUAUGGCGGUUACUCAACUGGACCCAAUUCACCGAAUGCACCAAUAACACCAGUGAAUACCACUCCAAAAGACAUGGAGAAUGAAAUAUCAAGGGAAUUACAAAGACAACAGGCUGACUAUAACAGGAAAAAACAACAAGCAGAACAAAUAAGAAUGCAACAUGAAGAAGAAUUAAGAAGACAAGAAGAUGAAGAAGAGAAAGAAAACAGAAGACGUGCUGCCCUCAGAUUACAGGAAGAACAAAGAAUGUUAUUAGAGAGACAAAUGGAAGAAGAGAGACAGAGGGAGGAAUUAAGAUUACAAGAAGAAAGAAGACAGCAGGAAGAAGCUCACAGAAAAGAGGAACAAAGGAAAAGAGAAGAAAUCAGAUCAUUGGAAGACCAAAAGAGAAAAGAAGAAGAACAUAAACAAAAACAGGAGGCCCAACAAUACAAAGUGGAAAAUAAGUAUAACUCGCCAUACAUCAUGGACAGCUUUAAUGCAUGGCUUAGUUAUGGGUAUAACCAAGGUUGGCAUGACAGACCAGGGAUCAGAUAUAAUGGACAUACGGCAGAAUCCUUUGGCAUGCAAUAUAGAAAACCAAGUAUCAAAACGUCAAGUUUCAACAAGGAGGACAAGAAACCUUCAAAUUCUACUCAGUACCGGAGAACUGUCUCGGACACGGCGAAAAAACUUCAACAGCCUGCUAAUAAAAAAUCAAACGUUGUAAAAAAUGGACCACUUAGCCCUUCGUCAUCAAGUCCUUCUACACCAUUGAUAUCACCAAGUCCAAGCCCGAGGUCAUCAGUUAGUUCUGCUGGACCAAGUCCAGCCUCUUCAUCAACUUCAUUGAAUAAGGACCCUAAGAGUGCUGGUGGUUCUAUACCAAGAAGGCCAAGGACAAUUGAUAAAAACCCUGCUCCAUCCUCUCGGCCAUCACAUGGAAAUGUGUCUCGACCGUCUACAACGUCAACAUUGCAAUCUAGUCGUACAGCAUCACGGACAACAGGAGUGACAAAUAGUGCUGUGAAAAAGAAUCAUGUUACACCUGAAGAAGAAUUCAGACAGAAACACCAACAAAUUAAAACGCAAACACAAGUGGAAUCCCAGAAAGCCAAAAGUCAAUUAGAAUCGUCAACAUCUAGACAGAGAACUUCAAUGUCAACUACAGUGCCAAGGUCUACAAACUCUACUCUCAGUAAAAGAGGUGGAACAGUUUUAACAAACAGUGCAAUAAAGGCUAUUGAAAGUUAUAAAGAUUCUGACCCUAAUUAUACAAUACGACGUCAGAUGGAGCAUGAACAUGGAGAAGCUAAACAAAUUGAUUGUCUGCGGCGGACCAUAGAAAGCAGAUUAAAAGUGACACUGCCUGAUAACUUGCCAGAAACAUUACGUGAUGGAGUACUUUUAUGUCAGUUGGCCAAUAGUAUACGACCUAGAUCUGUAACCAGUAUACAUGUUCCAUCACCUGCUGUGCCAAAACUCACACUGGCAAAAUGUCGGAAAAAUGUUGAAAAUUUCUUAGAAGCCUGUCGAAAACUAGGAGUUCAUAGGGAACAAAUAUGUGGUGCUCAAGAUAUCUUAGAAGAAAAGGGUGUUACAAGGCUUGCUGUGACUACAUCUGCUCUUAUUGCUGUCUCAACUAAUCCCAGGUCUUCAGCUGUAUGAAACUACUAAAACAUAAUGUUACCAAAGACUUGAGAGCUAGUAGCAUGUGACUACAGAUCCUGCUGUUUGACAAAGGACAAUUGUCUGGAUCAUGCCACUUAACAGACCAACUACAACUAAUGCUUUUUUAGACUUCAGUAACUAUAACAGGGUGAUACCUAUAGUCCUAUACUAUUAAUGAAGGGUUCAGAAAACAUAUCUGUUGUAGAAUUUGUAAAUUAUUGUUCUCCUUAUAACUGAAUUAUUAGUUUUAUUGUGACUAGAAAGUGUGGUGAACUACUUAUCAAUAAAAAGGAGUAAUGUUAUAAUGAAUAAAAAAUUAAAAUUAAAUUAUAAAAAAGAUGUAAUAUUGUAUCAUGAUAUCUUUAGAAACUGUGAUCACUAGAAAUCAUCAGUAACAAGGCUUGAAAAAUCAGGCACAACAUGCAAUUAUUCAUUAAAUGAAAAUUUUUCAUUGUAAUCUUUUUCUGUUCUUAGUACAUAAUUGACAUCUCUGAAAUAUGUUUUUUAAAUUGAGACCAUGAAAAUAUUUUCCAUUGUAAUAUUUUUCAAAUUGUUAGAAAAGUAGUCUAUUGUGUAUGAUUUUUAAGAUGCAAGAAUACUUACUAUAUCCAUUUUGUAAAUUUCUUAUGUCUGCUUUGGAUUGUCAUGAUUUCUAUCAAGUUCCUGAAUAUUUUCAAGCCUUGUAAUAAUUCAGUUGUUAAUAAUAAAUCAUUAUUAAACCAUAUCAUUUUUAUAUCUUGUACAAUAUAUAUAAUAUCAAAUAUACUAGAAUAGGCUAGGGCUAAUUAAGAAAAUAGUGCAAGGAUUUUAAAGCACGUCUGUCAUGAAAUGAAUUAUAAUCUAGUAAGUAAGAAUAUUUACUUGCAUAUAUUCUUAUUGGUCUGCUAUAAGCUUAAAACUGCUAUUCAGAAUUUAUAUCCGCAUCAUUCUCGUUACUAAGCAGGAAUUGUUAUAAUUAUAUGUCAAUUUGCAUUAUGUGUUAACCUGUUCAUGACAAAAAUAUCAUUUGUUGCUAAUCUGUAUGAACAUUUUUUUUUCUUCAAAUCUCCAGUAAGUACUUUUGAUAUCAUGUUAUGUAAAUUAAUGUUUCAUUUACAUAUACUGAUUGGCUUAAAAUGGAAGCCUUCUUUGAUGAGAAAAAUUAUUCCAAGAAACUUCUGGUCUUUCAUGUCUUUGUGUCGCUGUCUCAUUGAUAUCUCCUUUUUACUUACGAUUAAAUACGAGAACCAGUAGAUAUAUACAAUCAUUCACCAAUCAUAUAUAUAUAUAGUAAACUUUGUGGAUAGAAUCAGCAGUAUCAUCAGCAUUAAAGCAAAUCAUGCAAGUAAUUUAUUUGAUUGAUUUAUACCUUGAUUUAAUGCUCAGAUGUCUUGAUCAUGUUGGUUUAAGUUUGUUCCUUUCCCAGAUAAUAUAAAUAGAGAUGUACUAUCACCUACAGUUCUGUUGGGAAUCAGAUGUAGACAUUUUACAUUUUUUUUUUUCCUUUAUUAGAAGUAUACGUCAUUUAUAUUACAGACAUUUUAAAAUAAACCUUUUUUUAGCUUUUCCUUCUUGCACCAAAAUUACUUGGAUGUUAGACUGUUUUUGUUUUUAUUAAAUUUAUGAAUUGAAUGAAAUUCCAACAAUCUUUUUUAUCAUUUAAUUGUUAUGUUACCAAAAAUAUUGCCAAAAUAUGAGGGUGUUAUUUUGUAUUGAUUUUUGCAUUAUGGAGUAAUUUAAAGGUGUUAAAUAUACAAUGCAAUUGACAGGCCUGAUUACUGAACAUGGUUGAAGUUGAAUGUUACUUGCAGUAACAAAGGACAGAAUCUACUCAUGGAUGCUGAUCCAAUGAUGUAAUUUGAAACUCUGACGUUUUUUUUCUGUCUUUGAACAUGUAAAAUUAGGUAAAGGAAUUUUGUUAUAAAAUGUACAAGACAUAAUUUGAAUGAUAGACUACAUUUCUACUCUUAUAAUGACUUGCCACAGAGCUAUGAUUAUUUUUUCUCUCCAUUUUGAUAGUUUACUAUUUUGUAGUUUACAAAUAUCCCAGUUUAAACUAGUAAAUGACACAGAGUCUCCUGUGAUUUCUGAAUGUUAAACUGGUGAGAAAAAGAAUGACAAGCCUCAUCAGAAACCUUUUCUUAUUCUCUUUCCUGUAUUAGAUUCUUAAUCCCUGUUUUAACAUAGGCAACACAAUUCAAUAUAAAUUACUUGAAAAAUCAAGGCAAAUACCAUAAUCUCAGCAAUUCCAGAAUUGUAUAUGUGAAUCUUUUCCUACGCCAGAAGUUUCUGGUUAAAUAAUCAAAACUGGUACAGAUCAAUUUCGGGAUAAAAAUUUUCGUGGUAAGAAAAGGUUAAUACAGAUACGAUUUAGAUAGAGGUCGAAUUAAAUUGGAAAGUUGCUCAAAAUAAGAGAUGAAUUUUAGAUUAUACAUAUAAAUGAUUGUUAAUUACUUACUAUAACAGAAAAUUGGUAUUGUGUUUUUUUGUAGCUUUUUGCUAGAAAUUGCACUUUUUGCACAGGGUCUUGAUCCAAUCCAAUUAUCCACCCACACCUCCCAUCUAUCAAUGCCAUUUUGCUGCUGGUGCAAUUUCAUUUCAGUACUACUUUUAAGUUGCAUAGGCUUGGAUAUAUUUUUUUUAAAAGGGAAAUUACUUGUUCAAAUGUUCAUAGAUUUUGAAAAAGUGUAUGUUAAAUUGCAUUGAUAGAAAAAAACAUCAUUUCUUUUCCAUCAUAUCAAAUACAAUUCAUAUAAUACUGUAAAUUCAGAAACUAUUGUGAGGUUUUUAUUAAUGCGAAAAAUGAGACUACUUAUGUAUCGUAAUAAUAAGAAGUCGCAUUCUGGUAUCUGAUACAUAUAUCUGUAUGAACAGUAGCUUUGCCGAAAAUUGCAAUAAUUAAACUCGCAUUUUUGUUCAUUCUUCAAAAAUCACAAUAAUAAAUGCACACAAUAGUUUCUGAAUUUACAGUAUGUAGAAAAACUGCAAUUUGGGGUUUGAUUUUGUUAUUUUGUUCAUUUUAUUGUUUAGUCUGUGACAAAUGUCAUAGAAUGCAAGACAUAGGGAUACUUAUCCAGUGACGGCAUAAACUAUUUGUAGUAAGCUUAAUAUGUCAGAAGGUAGUAGAAUUGGAUUAUCAAUAUGUUUUAUACAGAUGCCUUAUGGUUUGAAAUGUUCCUUGUCCUUGACCUCAUUUUCAUGAUUCAGUGAGUGCUUAAAAUUCUAUAUAGCUUUUCUAUCACUUGAUUUUUAUGCCCCAGCCAUAGCGGAGGGGGCAUUAAGUUUUACCCUUGUCCGUCUGUACGUACGUACGUCCCAAAAUUGGUUUCCGUUCUCUUAACUUGAGUUUGCCUCAACCAAAUGUUAUGAUACUUAUACACAAUGCUUAUUACCACAAAACACAGGUCAAGUUUGAAUUUUGGUGGGGUCACUUUAACCAUUCUCGAGUUAUGCCCCUUUAUAAAUGGAAAAAUUACAAAAUUUUAGUUUCCGUUCUGUAACUUAAGUUUGCCGCAACCAAGCAGUAUGAAACCUCUACAAAAUACAUAUUACCACAAAACUCAGAUCAAGUACAAAUUUGGGUAGCGUCACUUUUAUCGUUCUUGAGUUAUGUCCCUUUAUAAUGUUGUAUGCAAGCGGGGGCAUUAUCUAUGUCCAUGGGGACACAUUCUCCAUUUAUUUAUUUAUUAUGGCUAAAAGUACAACUUUAUUUGGAAUAUAGCAUCAAUGCAACUCCUGCAUGUCCAUCAUAUAGAGUUAAACUGACCUGGACCCAAUUUUCGUGGUUCAGUGAUCGAGGUUUAGCAUUUGUGAUCAGGUCUGUUUGUUCCAUAAUAUUGAGUAAUAAUUCAAGUAUAUUCCACAUAUUUAAUGAUUGCAAGGUUUACAUGUCACUCUGACAGGAUUCAUUUGACCUUGACCUCAUUUUUAUGGAUCAUUGAUAUGAAAUUAAUGUGAGACCUGUAGUAUGACCUUUAUCUAAAGAUUUUCUACAUAAAAUUCAAUCAUAAUCAGUAGGCAGGCGGGACAUUUUAGUGUCUGCACUCUUUUGUUUAUGUUGGGAGGGUUGAUAAAUUGUUACUUUUUUCCUUUUUUUACUAGCAAUGUCUCCUGCUGUGCACUUUUAUUUUUAUUUUUUUUUUAAUAUAUUAUGUCUGCUUCUUUGUUGAUCUUCCUAAUUAACUGUGAUAUAUAAUUCAGACAAAACCAUUCAGUGUCAUAUAGCUUUUUAUUCAUGUAGACUCAUAUGUGUUAAGACAUAUAAAAGUGUACAUAUAUGUAUAAAUUAUUUGUUUUUAAGUAUGCUUUAUUUAGAAAAAAUAUAAAACAUAUAAAUGCCUUUUGCACAUAAAAA